AUGAUGUACAGUGGCAUGACACUCACUACUACUCCCUUGACCUUGACUAUGUGCGAGAUGGGGCUGCCGACAGGCAGUCCUGGCGGAUCUGUAAACACAGCAACUGUCUCGCGUCUUACAGGCGCACCGCCUCUUCUAGAUGCUACAGACGCUCCUACAGAUAGCGCUUCCGGGUUAAUUAGUUCUACUCUUACCCUAAGUGUGGCGGUCUCUAGCUCUAUUGUCCCUAUAGCGAGCGAUGGUACAUACCCUGGUGCAGAUGGUAUAAGUAGUGUUGGUCAAUCCAUCGUAGGUCCUAGUGUAAGUGACAUAAGUGACACUACUCAACGAGUCAGCGAUGCUGUCUCUUCCAUUCUGCCUACAGGCUCUUUCUCUAACACUGGAGGACCUAGCACUCCCGUUGCUACAGCUGGUACGAGUAAUAUCUCUGGGGUGAGUAGCGUUGCAGGACUCUCGCCUGGCGGUAACACACCCACGCAGAUAGGUCUUAGAAGUGAAACCACUUUUCCGGCCAGUACGCAGACUUCUACUUCGGCAGGACUCUAUAAACCCACAGGAGUAUUGCUAGGAAUGGAUUCGAACCCGCGGAACGGCACAAUUAGUCUGUCUCCAUUAUCUAUCGACGCUCUUAAACUGGCGCUUUUUCUGAAGAAUCUUGGUGUUUGGGUAUUCAAUGAAAGUAGGAUAGUUGAGCUAAGUUCACUUAGCGCGAGCCUAGUCGCAGAUAUUGCUGUGUUGGAUACUCUACGGACGCUGCUCAUCCAGUCAGGAAAUAUGGACGUGCCAUCGUGUAAAUACGAUUUGCUAAAGAAUAUGACUGAACUCAGCUUCCUUAUGGUUACGCUAAAGUCUAUCGAUCUUGGCGUCUUUAUGUCGAUGGCGGAGGCGGCGGAUCGGCUAGUUGCUAUCUUGCUGUCGAGUAUUGCGAGUGUAGACGCGAAGUAUAUUGCUCUUCUCGGCGAUCACACACACUAUAACGCGAGUGUACAGUCUUUUGAUACGCCGGCGACUCCAGCUUGGGCCUACAACAUCGCACUGCGGUAUUCUCAGCCAGGAUCUUGUAGUGUGCAGCUGCCACUACCUAUCUUGCCGAAGCUCACAAUUAAUAAUAGUACAUCCGCCCAUGUGCAGCCCGGUACUAAAGUUAACGUAGAGUGGGGUGCUGCCGCUAUCCUCUCAGGCACCGCUUUUGCCGUCCUAAGACCCUAG